AUGAAAGAAGAAAGUAAUUUAGGGUUGAAGGAUAAUAACUUGGAAAAGGAAACAGAUGGAAAUAAAAAAAAAAUAAAAGAUAAGAGAAAAAAAAAAGUAGAAAACUUUGGAUUAAAUGACAUUAUAUAUUGUAAAGAAAAUUUCAAAGUUUUAAAAAAGUUUUUUAUCUUUGUGUUAUUAAUUAUAUUAUCUCCUGUAAUUUUAAUAAUAUUAUAUAAUUACUUUUUCAAGAUUUUCUUUAAUAUAUCAAAAAAUGAUUCAUUGUUAUAUAGUCUUUAUUGUACGGCUGCUUAUAUUUUAUUUUUAACCUUAUUAUAUGCUUAUUUAGCUUUUAAAGAAGACAACAAUAUUAAACACAAUGAUAUCAAAACAAAAGAAGAAAAAAAAGUAAAAUAA